AAACGCGAGCGAGGCGCCCCCCGCCCCCACUUGUUCGGACUCUUUCUCCCUUCGGUUCCGAUCCCCCCACCAUCCCCGCAGGCAAGGCAGGUCAAAGCGACGCCGCGGGCUCAACCGAGGGCCCGGCGUUGGUGGUGGUGGCGCGGAGAUGGCGGUGGAGCGGGACAUCGACGACCUGCCGCGGAACGACGCCAACUACACGGCGCUCACGCCGCUGUGGUUCAUCGAGCGCGCCGCGCUGACCCACCCGGCCAGGGCCUCCGUCGUGCACGGGCCCGUGCGCUACACCUGGGCCGACACCUACCGCCGGUGCAGACGCCUCGCCUCCGCCCUCGCGCGCCGAUCCGUCGGCCACGGCAGCACGGUAGCUGUAAUAGCUCCAAAUGUCCCAGCAAUUUAUGAAGCUCAUUUUGGAGUGCCCAUGGCCGGGGCAGUGGUCAAUUGCGUCAACAUUCGACUAAAUGCUGCCACUGUUGCAUUUCUAUUGGAGCACUCCUCAGCUGAAGUUGUGAUGGUUGACCAAGAAUUUUUCUCCCUGGCAGAGGACUCUUUGAGGAUUAUUGCGGAUCAAAAGAAAGGUUCUUUCAAACAGCCACUUCUUAUAGUUAUUGGUGACCAGACAUGUGAUCCAGCGGCCCUCCAAGAUGCUUUGAGAAAAGGAGCCAUCGAGUAUGAGACAUUCUUGGAAAGUGGUGAUCCAGAGUUUGCAUGGAAACCACCACAGGAUGAAUGGAAGAGUAUUGCACUAGGUUAUACUUCUGGGACAACUUCUAAUCCAAAGGGUGUGGUAUUACAUCACAGGGGAGCUUACCUAAUGUCACUGAGUGGUGCUUUGGUAUGGGGAAUGAACGAAGGCGCUGUUUACUUGUGGACUUUGCCAGUGUUCCACUGUAAUGGCUGGUGCUAUACAUGGGCGCUUGCUGCUCUUUGUGGAACAAGUAUAUGUCUUCGUCAGGUUUCAGCGAAGGCCAUCUUCUCAGCGAUAGCCCACCAGGGUGUGACUCACUUCUGUGGGGCGCCGGUCGUCCUGAACACAAUUGUCAACGCCCCUCCGGCAGACACUCUCCCCCUGCCUCGCAUCGUCAAUGUCAUGACUGCUGGCGCUGCCCCUCCACCCUCCAUCCUGGCAUCAAUGUCCAAGCUCGGCUUCCGCAUCACCCACACCUACGGCCUGUCGGAGACGUAUGGACCGUCCACCGUGUGCGCCUGGAAGCCGGAGUGGGACAGCCUGCCAGCCGACGAGCGCGCGCGCCUCCAUGCGCGGCAGGGCAUCCAGUACGUCGGCCUGGAGGGCCUGGACGUCGUGGACCCGAAGACGAUGGCACCGGUCCCGGCCGACGGCACCACGAUGGGCGAGAUCGUCAUGCGCGGGAACGGCGUCAUGAAGGGGUACCUGAAGAACCCCAAGGCGAACGCCGAGGCGUUCGAGAACGGGUGGUUCCACUCGGGCGACCUGGGCGUGCGGCACGCCGAUGGGUACAUCGAGGUGAGGGACCGCGCCAAGGACAUCAUCAUCUCCGGCGGGGAGAACAUCAGCAGCCUGGAGGUGGAGAAGGCGGUGUACCUGCACCCGGCGGUGCUGGAGGCGUCGGUCGUGGCGCGCGCUGACGAGCAGUGGGGGGAGUCGCCGUGCGCGUUCGUGACGCUCAAGGACAGCGUGGACCGCUCGGACGAGGCGGCGCUGGCGCGCGACAUCAUGAGGUUCUGCCGCGAGAGGCUGCCCGGCUACUGGGUGCCUAAGUCCGUGGUGUUCGGGCCUCUGCCGAAGACGGCUACCGGCAAGAUCAAGAAGCAUGAGCUCAGGGCCAAGGCCAAGGAGCUGGGCCCGGUCCGGAAGAGCAGGAUGUGAGCUCGACUUGCGCUCAGGUUCUCCACGACUCCACCCACCAGCUGGUCUGAACCUUCCUUACGAUCGAUCUUGUCUCGACAUUGAGCAACCAUUUGGCAUCAGUGCAAAUCGCCGGUGUAAUCUGUACUCUUAGAUGAAGGUGGUAUACUACAGACUGUAUUUCGUAUAAUGUCUCUAUUGCACGACCAACAUGUGCACCUGAUAAACUGUAUUCGAGUUUGUCAUUUGUCUGGAAAACAGAUAGGAUCUGAAUAUUCAGGGACUUCGUGUAUCACUCAUUCACUCCACUUGUAUUCCAAGGGUACGUUAAUGGCAAGACGAUUACAAAGA